CUCACCAUGUUAAAACGGGCACUUGCGAGGUGGUGGCACUCCACAGAUGCUGUAAUAAGAACAAGAUAGAAGAACGGUCACAAACUGUCAAGUGCUCCUGCUUCCCUGGGCAGGUGGCAGGCACCACGCGAGCUGCUCCAUCUUGUGUGGAUGCUUCCAUAGUGGAACAGAAAUGGUGGUGUCAUAUGCAGCCAUGUCUUGAGGGAGAGGAAUGUAAAGUUCUUCCUGAUCGGAAAGGAUGGAGCUGCUCCUCUGGGAAUAAAGUGAAAACAACUCGGGUAACCCAUUAACUAAGAGUAAAUCAAACGACCCUCAAGGCUGAUUACAUUGAACAUAUGCACAGAAACUUAACUUCUCUGGUGGUCUUGAAGGAAGAUUUUUAUACUGCUCUGAAGAGGCACUCCAGACUCUUGUUUCCAAGGGAUUUUAUGGCUCGUAAUCAGCAUCUUCUUGAAAUCAAGACUUUAAAAAAGUCAGACAUGAACUUCUGUGUCAUGAAGAGUUCAUCAGAUUUGAACUGUGUUCAAUUGUAAAAUUGCACUUCCUAAAAGAAUUUGAAGUCGUCAUCUGAAGAGUUGGUGCUUCCGGGCGAUGUCAGAGACACUCGCAUUUUGGGCUCCUGGCUCCAAAUGUGACUGCUUUUCUUGUUCCUGAAAGUCUCCCAAAUGCACUGGCCUUCUGUCAUGGAUGUGUUCCUGGGUCUGGUCCUGUGUUCAAUGGCUAGUGGGACUGUAUAUGGCUUUAGUGACAUUUCCUCUGCAAACUUCUCUGGCAUGGUGUGGACUGAGAUCAUUUUAUUUGUAUCCUAAUCUUGGAGCUCUGAAAGCCUACAUGUUUUAACAUCUUAAAGUUGCUUUUGUUAAAGGAAUGGAAAAAUAUAUCCAUUGAUAAUAAUUAUUGUUGGCAAGUAAUACUUAUCUGAAUACAUCAAUCACCUAAGAAUGUAUAGACUAGCUGACAUGUUUCCCCAAGGCUAACACUCUACUGCAGCUCUCUGUCAGUUAACUAGGUAGAAGUUAGAACUGAAUUACCAUUUUCAUUGUAUACUAUUUUGUACCUCUAGAGCACUCUUCCUUUCUUUCUUUUUUUUUAAGUGGGCUGUUUUCUUUCCUUUUCAUGUUUACUUUUUUCCUUCACAGAAAUCAGCAGUGAGCAGUCAAGUAUUGAGUUAGGUAGCCUUCAGUUUCAAAAAUUUCCAGGGAUGCAUGUGGGUUUCUGAUUUCUUAGCUUGAAAGUUAUUCAUUUACAUUUAUUACAUUUUAAAACUGUUCUUUCUAUCUCAUUUUAGAAGACUGUCUCUUGCUCGAUCCCAAUGACUGUUUGAAUGCUGUUUGUCCAGUCUGUAGAUAAAAUAAAUUGUCAUUUUCUUUGGUCUCAUAUUUAUAAAUAUUUGCUUAUAGUAGUCCCAUUUGAACAAUUUCUUAGGUUAUUUUUUGCUCACAUUUUUGUAGUAACUUUAACAUUUGUGGUUUUCAGUUCUAUAGGAAAAUCAUAUAAAUAUUUAAAGGCCUUAAACAUGUAUGUACCUUUUUUCCUAAGUUAUUACAGAAUGUAUACUUUUAUACUACAUUUAUUUUGUUUCAUUUAUGAUGUGAAGGAAGAGAAGAAUGGAAAUUGCAAAGCUAUUCUGUAAUAAUAUUGUAUAAACUUACAGUUUGAAGGAAUGUAAAUGGAGGGACUUCUGUGUUUUACUCAUCUUAGACUAAUAGGAAGGUACUUCAGAAAUUGUCCUAUUAGAAACUCCAUUAUGUUAGAGAAGGUGUGGACAUCUUUUGUGUUUCUAAAACUCACUGACGUGGCCAAUUAAGUAUAUGUUGGUUUCCAUGAUGGAGGCUGAGCCGCCUGAAGACCUUUGGUGUGUUAGUUGGUAACAACUUUCAAAGACUGAUAGAAACUUUUCUGGGCAAAACAACUAAAAGUGGUAAAAUUUGUUUAAAGUUAAAUUUGUAAAGUAUGCUUUUGACAUUGAACUAAAGAAUACUGCCCUCUAAGUCAAUGAAAUGACUUACUCCUUUUAUUUUAAUUAUACAUAAAACUAGAUGGCUCCACAUGGAUUUUGCAAUGGUUCAAUACUGUAUGAACGUUAAGACAGGAAUAACAGUUGUGCUGGAGUUUCUGCAUCAAUUAAUCAUUAAUUUGUUUGUAACAAAGAAGAAAACCAUAUUACUUUGGAAAUUACAAAUUUGUUCUAGAUUGGUUUGAAAUUAUAGAUCAUGCAUCUCAUUUAUUAAACCAUGUUCUUUAAAACAACACUGAAAAUUCUGUACUAUAUAUGUGUAAUACAUGCAUAUCAAUAGAAAAAAAUAAAUGGAAUUUCAAAUAUACUAACUAGAUUAUCCCCAAUAGAAUACUGUUGUGACUAUUCAGAAAAGUGAAUAAAAUUGGGAUAUAAAAUAGA